GGUAAUUAGGACUUAGGAAGCCGCAAGGAAGGCAUGCCCCAUAGCAGCAGCACCAACAACGCUAGUGGCCGAAUCGUCGUUUUGGCAUCGCACUUGACUUCCAUGGCUUCAGAGAAGGAAGCUGCUCUCGCAACCACUCCCUCCGAUUCUCCUACCAUAUUUGACAAGAUCAUCAACAAGGAAAUUCCCUCUACCGUGGUUUACGAAGACGAUCAGGUCCUUGCUUUUAGGGACAUUGCUCCUCAAGCUCCAACGCAUAUCUUAAUCAUUCCUAAAGUCAAGGAUGGGUUAACUGGUCUAUCCAAGGCUGAGGAGAGACACUGCGAGAUUCUUGGCCGCCUUCUUUACACUGCAAAGCUGGUUGCAAAGCAAGAAGGUCUUGAUGAUGGUUUUCGGGUUGUAAUCAACGAUGGUCCAUCAGGAUGGCAAUCGGUUUACCACAUUCAUGUGCACCUCCUUGGGGGACGACAGAUGACCUGGCCUGCCGGGUAAACUUUAGGAAAGGAUUCACAGUGAACCAUGUGUUGCAGGAAUCUCUGGGCAGAACACUUUUAUUUGUCCUAAUGCUAUCUAAAUUAAAAAUGGGAAAUCAUGGUCAAUUAGUAGUUCUACAUCUAAGUGACUAUGAUUACUUGUUGAUGAUGAUUAGAAUUAAAUAUGGCUAAAACUAAAACUGUCGAGUAGAAUUUUAUCCUAACUGAAUCACUGUGCUUUCUUGAUCCUGAUUGUCCGUACAAAGCUCCAACGUAACGUUUGUGGCAUUAACGUUCUGGAUUCUGUCUACAUAACUUGUGUCUAAUUUCUUUAUUAUUGCUGCUACCA